AUGGAUAUUACAUUUAACAGGUUGGCAGAACUUGGCAGUCAUUUGUCCAGCUCAGAGGCUGAUAAAUUAUCGUCAACUGUUUUGACGGAAGAUGAUAACUUUGAAACUGAAUAUGACCUUUAUGUGCUGACAAAAUCUUAUUUCGACUGUAAAGAGUAUCAACGUGCAUAUAAGGUUUCAUCUAACUGUAAAAGCCAAAAGUUGUAUUUUCUGAGAUUGUAUUCAUGGUAUAUGUCUGGGCAGAAAAAGCAACGUGAUGACCAAGUUGGAUUUACAUCGGUAGACAAGGUUUGCAAUCAAGAGUUGUAUAAAUUAGAAAAAGAACUGAAAGAGAAUUUACCCUCAUUGGAUGGAUACUGUCUAUAUUUAUACGGCGUUGUUCUAAAAGAAUUGGAUUUCAAAGAAGAAGCAAUUAAGAUUUUAGUUGAUGCCAUCAAUAAACGCCCUUUAUUAUGGUGUGCUUGGGAAGAAUUAAUACCUUUAUGCUCCGAUGUAGAAAUGGUAAUGUCAUUAUCCUUACCAGAUCAUUGGAUUAAGACUUUCUUUUUAGCAAGUGUUCAUAAUGAGCUGCAUUGCGCUGAAGAGGCACUGGUUUAUUGUCAAUCCUUGAAAGACCUUGGUUUUCAAUCAAGUUUACAUGUGAAGUCCCUUAUUGCAUUUAGUUACUAUAAUGUUAGAGAUUAUGACAAUGCCGAAGAUUAUUUCGAAGAGCUUCAUAAGGCAUAUCCUCUCCGCUUGGAAAAUAUGGACAUUUACUCUAAUAUAUUAUACGUCAAAGAAAAGAAGAUUGAACUAUCUGACUUAGCUCAUCAUGUUUCGUCAAUCGACAAAUUUUCUGUAAUUAGCUGCUAUGUUGUAGGUAAUUAUUACAGUUUAAUUGGACAACACAAAAAGGCCUUACGGUAUUUCCAGCGAGCACUUACUCUGAAUCCAAGAUAUUUAUUUAUCUGGACAUUAAUUGGACAUGAAUAUAUGGAAUUAGCAAAUACUUCAGCCGCGAUAGAAGCUUACCGAAAAGCGAUUGAAAUAAAUCGAAAUGACUUCAGGGCCUGGUAUGGCUUAGGACAAGCUUACGAAAUUUUAAAGAUGCCUUACUAUAGUCUAUUCUAUUAUAAGCGAGCUCAAGCUUUAAGACCAAAUGAUUCUAGAAUGUGGACUGCACUUGGCGAUAUUAAUAUAACAAUUAAUAAAUUGGACGAUGCAAAGCGGUGCUUUUUAAGAGCAUUGUCUGUAGGUGUAGUGGUAGGGGACACGUGCUUAAAGUUAGCCAGAUUAAUGGAAAAGUCAGGAGACGAAAGUGGAGCAGAAGUAUAUUUCUUACGCUUCAUCGAAAUUAGUACUUCUUCUGUAGCUGUAAGAAAAGAUACGUAUCUUUGCCAUCGAUACUUAGCAAAUUACUACCUAAAAAAGGCAAACUAUGAUUCAGCGUUAUACCAUGCCCAAAAGUGCUGUGAAUUCACGGAGACGUGUGAGGAGGGAAAAUCAGUCCUGCUUCAAUUGUCUAGAUUAGCACCAACCGCCAAGCCAGUUAGUAACUGGAACAAUGUAUCAAAUCUAGAUGAAGAUUAUCAGAAUCAAUCCUCAGUUAUGAACUUAACUGAUAUUGGCGAAGAUUCCAUGGCUUUACCGUAA